GCACGGGACAGGACCAGAACUGAGGCUCACACGCAGCCUGGUCACAGCUCUUCAUGCUGUUUCUGUUCCUGAGGACUCGGAGGAUCCCCUCGCUUCCUUAACUUUAAUCUCACACUUCUGGAUAACUGUCAGCGCUACUCACUGCCAGGGCUGGGCAGCAGCAGCAGCUGGAGGAAUUAAAAAAAGCAUGCAAGACGACAGUUUAGAAACCUCAACUUCAAUAUCUCAGCUUCUGAGAGAGAGUUAUUUAGCAGAAACUAAGCAUCAAGGGAAGAGUGAAAGAAGCAGAUCAGAGCCAGUUUCUCAUAAUUUCCACUAUGGCAAUGCUUCUGGUGAUUCAGAUGAGGUAGCUGCCCAAGAUGACCUCCCAGAUCUCUCGGCCUUUUUGAGCCAAGAAGAGCUUGAUGAAAGUGUAAACCUGGCAAGACAAGCUAUUGAUCAGAAUCCACUGGAAACUAAACAGGAUGAGCUUCAGGCACAUUCACAGCGCCCCCCAGAUCAGCUGAACGACGCAGGGAAACACAAACAAAUGGCCCAGUCUACAGCUUUGAAAACAUCAGACAAUGGCCUGCACUCCAACUUCUGUCAGGAACAUGUCAGAAAUACAAGGGGGUCCAAAGGGAGCUCUCAAGAUCUAAAGAAACACCACCUCCCUUCUGAGUCAGAAUCCAAAAAGGAAUUCCUGAACAAGGCGGCAGAUUUCAUUGAGGAGCUCUCGUCGCUUUUCAAAGCUCACAACUCUGAAAGAAUACGACCCCGAACAUGCAAAAACUACAAGAGCAAAAUCGAUUCUAAGAACAAGUCUGCUCAAAAAGGUAGCUCCAGCCUGUCUCUCACAUCAGAAAACAGAGAAAGGCUUUCCAUUCCAACACCUCAAGACUUGGAAAACAAAGCAGAGAAAACUUUUGAACAAACAGAUGAUCAACAGGCCGCAAACCUGGAAUCCAUCGCUCAGUUAACAAGCGCAGAGCUGAAAACAGAGUCAGAAUCUGCAUCUGUAUAUUCUGACGAGCCCCUUGGACAACCACCACGCUUUACUCAGAAACUGAAGAGCAGGGAGGUUCCUGAAGGAUCCAAAGUGCAAUUGGACUGCAUUGUGGUAGGAAUCCCAGCACCUGAAGUCAGGUGGUACUGUGAAGGGAAGGAGCUUGAAAACUCACCAGACAUUCAAAUUAUCCAGACAGGGGAUCGACACUCACUGAUUAUUGUUGAAGCUUUUGAGGAGGACACAGGGCGUUACUCGUGCUUUGCUUCCAACAUCUAUGGAACAGACUCCACUUCUGCAGAGAUUUACAUAGAAGGCAUCUCUUCUUCUGACUCUGAAGGUGAAAUCAUCAGAGACGAAAUGGAUCACAAACCAAAGCCAGCCAACACCUCUGUGAAUGCAGCAGCUCCUGCUGUCAGAACUGCAACCAAGCAUCAGGAGAACACCAGGGCACCAUCAGCUGUGGCUCAGCCUGGGCCUGUCCCUGUCCCUGUCCAGACUGUGUCAACACCAGUUAACCAGGCUCAAAGCCCCACUAACUAUUUGCAAGGACUGGAUGGAAGACCUAUAAUUGCUGCUCCUGUAUUUACAAAGAUGUUACAGGAUAUUUCAGCUUCUGAGGGGCAGCUUGUUGUUUUUGAAUGUCGGGUGAAAGGAGCUCCUUCCCCAAAGGUUGAAUGGUAUAGAGAAGGAACACUGAUAGAAGACUCUCCAGAUUUUAGGAUAUUACAGAAAAAACCACGAUCUAUGGCUGAACCAGAGGAGAUUUGUACUCUGGUGAUUGCUGAAGUAUUUUCAGAAGAUUCAGGCAGUUUCACCUGUACUGCGAGCAAUAAAUACGGCACAGUGUCCAGUAUAGCUCGUCUGACUGUCAAAGCACCUGAAGACAGCAGUAACGCUGCUGCCCUUCACACCACGAGCUCCAUCGACUUUGUCGCCACUGAGCACCAGCCUCCCCCACAAACUCCUGCCAGCCAGGGAGCAAAUCAAACACCCAAACCUAAACUGGAAGGGGUUCUUGUCAACCACAACGAGCCCAGGUCGAGUUCCAAGGCAGGGCUCCGUGUCCACUUCAAGCUGCCUGAAGAUGAAAAAGGAAGUGAGUCGUCCUCAGAGGAUGGACCUGGCGCCACAAACCAAAUCAGACCCAACCAUUUCCCAGAGAAGAUAAAUGGACAGCCAAUGAAAAUAGCAGAGCCAACAUCACCAUCCAAGGAACCUCCCCCAGUACUGGCUAAGCCAAAGCUCGAUCAGAGCCAGUUAAAACAGCUCCACAACCAGGUCUUGCUCGAACAACAGCAGGUGCAGCAGGCAUCUCUAAGAGAGUGGUCAUUCAACAGCACUUUGGUGAAUUCUGCUACUUCCCUCUACCAGCAGUCCACCUCAACCCUGUACAAGCAAAGCUCAUCCUCUGCCUCGCCAUCCUUUGGCUACGGCCGCCCCAAGCAGUUCCUGGCACCGCAAACGCCGCUGCCGGCCAGCCCCUCUGCCAGCUCCUCCAGCACAUUCAGCAGCAUCCCUCAGGCGGCUCAGAGAACAAACCACAUGGAAAAUUUCAUAGCAAAUCCUCCAGCAGCCCCGUCCAGGCCAUCAGGAGGCUUUACAAGCAAAAGCGAACAGUCUCUACCAAGCCCUAAGGAAGCGGCGGUGCCUCCGUUAGCGUUUUCUGCUUGCAGUGUAAAACAGUUCCAGCCGCAGACUGUGACCCCCGCUCCCCUCUCCCCAACCGCACGCAUCCAGAAUCCAGUCGCUUUCCUAAGUGCUGUUCUUCCUUCACUUCCCACCACGCCAUCCACCAAUGCCAUGGGACUGCCCAGAAGCACACCAGCCACCCCAACCCAGGGAUUAACAAAGAAAAACCUGAAGCCUCUGCCAUUAGCAACAGAAGAUUCUAUUCGGGAAAACAAAGUUGCACUUGUGAAGGACCUGGAAAGAAAACUGCAUUUCAGAGAGGAUGCUAAUCAACAAAGUGGUCAGCAGGAAUACAGGAUUUCAAGCUUUGAGCAGAGGCUGAUGAAUGAAAUCGAAUUUCGCCUUGAGCGGACACCGGUGGAUGAAUCAGAUGAUGAAGUCCAACACGAGGAAAUCCCUACAGGCAAAUACAUAGCUCCCAUCUUUGAUAAGAGACUCAAGCAUUUUCGGGUAAUGGAAGGAUCUCCUAUCACAUUCACCUGUAAAAUAGUUGGAAUACCCGUUCCCAAGGUCUACUGGUUCAAGGAUGGAAAGCAGAUUUCAAAGAAAAACUCCCAUUUCAAAAUGAACAGAGAGGAAGAUGGAACAUGUUCUUUAUACAUUGAAGCUGCUACUAAUGAUGAUGAUGGCAACUACACGAUCAUGGCUGCAAACCCCCAAGGGAGGAUCAGUUGCUCGGGACACCUGAUGGUUCAGAGUGUCCCUUUUCGGGGACGAAUAUCAACAACUCAGCCUCACAGAACACGACCCCGGGUGCCAGAAGGAGACAAAGAGGCAGUUCAAGAACGCUUUUUCAGGCCAUACUUCCUCCAGGCUCCAGGUGACAUGGUGGCACACGAAGGGCGGCUCUGUAGGUUGGACUGUAAGGUGAGCGGGUUACCAACUCCAGACCUGACGUGGCUGCUGAAUGGCAAACCUGUGCUCCCAGAUGGCAGACACAAGAUGCUGGUCAGGGAGACUGGAGUGCACUCUCUGCUCAUCGAUCCUCUCUCCCAAAGUGAUGCUGGAACUUACACUUGCCUUGCCACCAACAAAACAGGACAAAAUUCAUUUAGUCUGGAGCUCACUGUUGUAGCAAAGGAAGUAAAAAGAGCCCCCAUGUUUCUGGAGAAGCUUCAGAACUGUGGUGUUCCAGAAGGCUACCCUGUCAGAUUAGAGUGCAGAGUUGUGGGAAUGCCUCCUCCCAUAUUUUACUGGAAGAAAGAUAAUGAGACCAUCCCAUCAAACAGAGAGAGGAUGAGCAUGCAUCAAGAUACAACAGGGUAUGUCUGCCUCCUGAUCCAGCCUGCCAAGAAAGCAGAUGCUGGCUGGUACACCUUGUCUGCAAAGAACGAAGCUGGCAUCGUCUCCUGUACUGCUCGACUCGACAUAUACGCUCAGUGGCACCGUCAAAUUCCACAAGCACUCAAGCUCCGUCCCGGUGGCAGCCGCUACACAAACCUCAGCCAAGGACUCGACAUCUUCUCUGCCUAUCCAGCUCCUGAGAGCCCCAUGCUGUUUUCAUCCCCAACCCAAAAGUUGGUGGAGAGUGAAGAACUUUGAAAAACAAACACUCGUUCCAGUUGCACCUGCGGAGAUACUUAGAACUGUGAAAAAACUAAAUAAUAAUAAUAAUAAUAAUAAUAAUAAUAAUAA